AUGUUUAACCAAUAACAAGAGCAGAAGCUCAAAUUUCAAAAUUUUCAUAGAAAAACUUCAAUCAUGCCAAAAGAAUCUGUAAAUAAUGGUUCUAGGUUAACUCUGUUUGAGAUCAACUAAAGAAAGCUGGAUACCUACACUAAUAGUUCGAGUUCAAUCAAAGAUGAAGAAAUUUAACCUACAAAAAUUAAAGUGUAUCUGAGUAACAAUAAUACAUUUCCAUUAAAAAUAUCUGGGAACACCUCAGUUAGUAACUUGAAUAAUCAUAACCAUGAAGAACUGGAAUUGGAAGAUUAAAAUAAUUAGUUCAGAGAUCAACAAUAUCUUGUCAACCAUUUAAAUUUUGUAAAAUAACAGCAGAGAACAUUUGAUCCAGAUAGCUUCCAAGACGAUUAAUAGUUAAAAUUUGAUAGGAUUCAUCAUUUUGAAAAAGAUCUAUAUCAACAAAGAUAUAAUUAAAAUCAGUUUAGUAAUAAGUUUAUCUAAAGAAGCUUAAAGAAGUCUUUCAAUGGUAAAAGCACUCCUUAACUGUAUAGAAAUGAUAACAUAUAUUAUCAUUACAGUGGUAAACCUGUUUAAGAUUUAGAUUCCUACCGUUAGACAAUAAAUCCAUAACAAUUUGAAAAUUCUAAAUUUCAAAAUUAUGUCUAAUUGCACAGCAUCCAUUCUGCUCGGACACCAAAUAUUCUAGAUAUGAAUCAAAAUCUUGAAAAUCAAAUCUUAACUGACAGAAGGCGCGAUUCAAUUCUGCUUCAUUUAAAUAAGAAAGAAAUUAGCAGCUACCAGGCUAAAACUCCUGAUUUACCAAGGAGGAUAUACACUAAAUUACUAAUGAAACGAUUGAUAAAAGAUAAUUUAAAGUUCUAAGAGAAGGAGACUUUAAAAAUAGAGCAAAUAAAAUAUAUUAAGAAUCCUAAAUUAAACUGA